AUGUCGCGCCCUUCAAGUCGCGCCAAUUCUCGCGCAGUUGGACUGCCGAACAGCCCUUCUCCCCGGUCGCGCUCUGGAUCUCUGGUUUCAGGUCAAACUGGACCGGUUACCGUCUCGCGGCAUCGCAGCACCGCGAGCGAGUGCCUGCCUCCCACCAGCUUCGCUGCCCCCAUGCCCCCUCAUCGUCUCCCAGAACACUCUCUGCGCCAUCAUCGCUCUGCGGGAAGUUUGCCUUCACAUCCCGCGCAGUCGCGCUCCUUUGACCGUAGAGGAAACUCUCGCGCGUAUUCGCCUCCGCCUCCUCUACCUCUACCCAAAGUAGGGCAGGCCGUUGUUGCUACGGGGAAGGGUGAUAACAAUGGCGUCUCCGCGAUCUCUGCCGCACUCCGCAAGAGGUCAGACGCAUCUGUUUCAUCCUGGUCGUCAUCGUCGUCGGUAUUCUCUGCAUCGUCGCAGCAAGGCUCUCAUCCAGGGUACGCAUCCUCCGCCACCAGUAUUGAAGAGGUGCCUCCGUAUGAAAGGAAGGGCGACGACGAUGGAGCAGCUAAGUCGUCCGUUCCGACCACUCCACCGAACAGCGUUGGCUCCUCGCUCUGGAAGCGUGUUGCUGCCGUCACUGAUACGCUCACGGUCAAUGUGAGCAAGGCUUGGGCUGCCAGUCUCUCGCCUGACGCCGGCGAAGCCACUCCCAUAGGACAGGAGUCUCGUCUCACCCGUGCCAUGAAGGCAUAUCACAUAAACAAGGCUCGCAGCCGUUCUGACCUGCCCGAGUGGUUGUUUGAAGAGCGCGACCGUGGCGCGUCUGUUAAACUGAGAAUCACAAUUCCUGACGCUCCAGUUCAGAUGCCUCGCGUCGGACGAGAAGCUCAUAUUUAUGUAGAAAAUCGUCGGGAACGAGAUUUCCCUCCGUCCUCCAGUCAGGAGAGCGAGUUUACAUCCCCUGACAGCGACGCUCGCCUCCCCGGUACUACUUUGGUCGAUCGUAGCCGUACUCACUCGCGGGAUGCCCUGAAUCGUCUGAAGGAGUUGCGUAUGACGAAGCGUAAUGCUAGGGUACACUUCGCCGAGGUUGAUGACGAGGUCAUCCCGGCGUCCACCAUAUCCCCACCACCUGCUUAUUCGCCUCUCACCUUCCCUCCUGUGCCGAAGACCGCUGCUGCGCCUGGUUAUGACCCCGCACCAUGGAUCGGUAGAAUGCCCCCUCGCAAGGCACCUACUCCUCCGGCUGGCAGUAUCCGAGGGAAACAGGAUCGCAGCCGCGUUGGCCUCCCUUCCGCUGUCAAGCUUAAGGCCUAA